GGUUUGUUGACUGCGCGCUCCCGCGGCGGUGCGCGGGCACGGCGGGCCGCCCCUCUCUUUAAACCGCUCGGCUCGGUUCGGUUCGGCGCGCCUCUGACUGCGGGGCUCCGCUGCGGGGUCGAACCCGCACAUGUCCUGAAGAGCAGAACCAGGAAGUUCAGAGUUCGGAUCCGGUUCUGACCCGGAAUGACGCGCUGCGGGCGGACUGUUCGCAGGAACCACCAGGAAUGAUUCACCUGGAACACCGCCGGGAAUUCUGCCUCCUCUAGAACCGGACCCAGUCUGUCCCUGCGGGGUUCGGCUGGUUCUCUGGGGAUCAUGGCUUUUCUGAUCAAGAAGAAAAAGUUCAAGUUCCAGGUCCACUUCGUCCUGGAGGAGCUGGCCGCGGUUCCGUUCGUCAACGGGGUUCUGUUCUGCAAGGUUCGGCUGGUGGACGGGGGAGACUUCAGCAUCUCCUCCUCCAGGGAGGAGGUGCAGCAGAACUGUGUUCGAUGGGGGAAGAAGUUCUCCUUUGUGUGUAAAAUGAGCGCCAGCCCCGUCACUGGAGUGUUGGAUCCCUGCAUCUGCAGAGUUUCUGUUCGGAAGGAGCAGAAGGGAGGGAAGGCCUACUCCAAGCUGGGAUUUGCUGACCUCAACAUUUCUGAGUUUGCUGGUUCAGGCUCGACGGUCCGCUGCUGCAUCCUGGAGGGUUAUGACACCAAAAACACCCGGCAGGACAACUCCAUCCUGAAGGUCACCAUCGGGAUGACGCUCCUGUCUGGAGAUCCCUGCUUCAAAACGCCUCCCAGCACGGCUAAGUCCGUCCUGAUUGGAGUGGAGGAUCCCAACCUGCAGCUGGCCUGUAAGGGGGACAGCACCGCCUCUCUGCAGCCACCAGGGGGCAUGGUGGAGGGACCUGGUGCCGUUAAAGCCAGACAGUCUUCAGUUCGUGGUUUAGGGCUGCCGGAGCACGCUGACGGCCUCCACAGUCCGGAUGACGUCUUCCUCACUCGGCACGUCCGCAGCGCCAGUCAGCACAGCAAAAUAUCAGGCUACAGCACCGGUCACUCCCGCUGCUCCAGCCUGACCGACCUCAGCCACCACCGGAACGCCUCGUCCAGCAGCGGCGCGUCCUGCGGCGCCGCUCAGCCCCCCGCCGCCCCCAGCAAGCCAGAGCGGCCGCCCCCGCCCUCGGCUGCCGCCCUGCUGUCCCACCGCUCCUCCAGGAGGAAGAAGGACACCGUGGAGCGCCAGCGGAGCUGCGUGGACGACACUCGCAUCGACGCCGACGACAUCGUGGAGAAAAUCGUUCAGAGUCAGAACUUCUCAGCCAGCAGCAGCGACGAAGACAGCCACCUGAGACUGUUUGUCAGUAAAGACGGGACCACGGCCCUGAGCGGGACACAAAUCGCCACCAGAGGAACCCCUGGAGUCUUUGAGCCGGUGGUGAUCGAGACUCACUGAGGCCCCAUGAUGGAGGUUCUUCUGCUGACCCGGUUUACUCAGAACCAGCGGUUCCCGUCCGCUCCGGGUCGCUCCACUCACUUCCAUUAUCAGCUGCUUUUAAAUCUGAAUAAUCUGGAUUAUUCCAGCAGAGCCUGGCAGGAACCAGGCCUCCAGAUGAUUAAUCCUGAAUGUUGAGAAUAAUCCAGAAUAAUCCAGAAUAAUCCAGAAUAAUCCGGAAUAAUCCAGAAUAAUCCAGAAUAAUCCAGAAUAAUCCGGAAUAAUCUGACGGGUAAAAACGUUUCCUUAUUUUUAUGCACAGAAACGUAUUGAAACCCAUAAAGUUAUGAAUUUAUCUCAGAGUCAGAUGUGAAGCUGCAGGGAGUUUUAAUGUUUUUAUUCUGAAACAUUUCAGCUUCAGAGCCGGUUCUGACCCGAUUCAACAGAACCGCUCCACUUUAAGACAACAAAGUUCUGCAACAUUCAUGAUGAGAUCACAAAAAGUUUGGUUUUAUAACUCAGAGGAUCAUUUAACACUGAGGAUUAUUAUUAUUAUUAUUAUUAUUAUUAUUAUUAUUAUUAUAAUAGUCUACUGGUUAUCAGAGUGUUGUUUGUAUUUCACAGUUUUGCACGCCUAACCUCUGAGGUUUAUUAUUAAUAACCAUGAAUUAUUAAUAACCACUAUAACAGGUUUUUAAUCUCUGCCGUGUUUCUAAUGGAGAAAAAAAUGAUGAAUAUUUUCUCUGAUCUAAUCGCAGCUUCGUUUCUCCAACCUGGAUUUUAUUCACUUUAUUACUUCAAAUCCAUUAAAUCACAUUAAAUGCCUUUAAUCAGAUGUUUUUUUGAUUAAUGCAGGAAAAUUAAACAUUGAUUCUUCCUUUGCUUCUCAGGAUCUGUAGCUACUGAAUGAUUAGCCGCUAAUGGGCGUGCUAAAGGCUAAUUGCUAGUUUUUGUUACUGUUCUCUAAAUUUUAGUCACAAUUUUAACAAAGUUAUGUUUAAAAUGUUUCUUUUCCCUUAUUUUGGUCUUUCAGAGGCCCUGUGAGAAAAGUCCAGACCUGCAACGCUUUUAUCUGUAGCAUUUAGCAGCUAAUGCGGUCGAUGCUAACGUUUAUUAUCCAACCUGAACGUCACCAUGCGCUGCUUGGACUUGUAUUAUUUUAUUUGACUUUAAUUUGCUUAAUUUUAGCCUCUGCUUUAAAAAUCUGUUUACUGCUGAGCCGCAUCAUGUAGCUAAAAGGCUAACUGUCUUUAGCUGUUUGUUUGUAUGGAAUCACAGAAGUGCCACAACAAAGAAGAACUUAUAUAUUUAAAAUAGAAACAUUUGUAUUUUUGUGUCUUUCAUUUGUUUAUAUUAAUUAUUUAAUAAUUCCUUUGGUGAAAUAUUUUAGCCAGUAACUUGGUGCUAAAAUAUGUCAGGCAAAUUGGAACUAUCUAGGGAUUAGCAACACAUUAAUACUAUUAUUAUUAUAAAAAUAACUAUAAUGAAGUGUGGCUGCUCCAGAGGAAAGUAUUAUUUUUGGUAUUGGACUGAAUUUUUACAUUAAUAUUUCUGUUCUUUAUUGUUAUCCUCACCUUUAGUCAAAUACUAAUUGGUUUUUGUAAUAUUUUACACAUUUAUUCUUUUUGUGGCACUCUUAGGAUUCCAUACAUAGAGUAGAUUUAAGUUUUCUGAAGCUAGACUGACGUCUUUAGAGAUAAAUUAUUGUUCUGGUUCCCACAGUGAUUCAUUAUUAGUGCCGUUAAACUGAGGAGGAAAAGUUUUUCUGCUGGAUCAGAAACGUUUGUUAGUUUUUGCUGCUCAGUUUCACCCAAAGGGACAAACUCCAGUCAGAAUCAGCUCUGUUUUUAUGCAUCCAGAUGUUUCUGUGGUUCUGUCGGGCUCAGACCCACAGCUGCUCCAGGACAAAGCCCGGCCUGUUCCAGAACCAACAA